CAUCCUUCGACAGACAGAUUGCUUGACAUACAAGCAAGAACAGUCUCACAUUCAGGAAUCACGGGUGAGCUGUUCAACAGAUUACUUCGUCGACUGUCUACCGCAGUUCCUUACUUUACAAUAUUCGGCCGCGAUGGUUUGGUCUACGAGCCAGCCGACAUCCGCAUUGUUCUCCGUCCAGAGAGCGUUCGGCCGAAACAACGGGCGGAGCAGCGAUGGACCGGACCCGGAAUCAGCCGCCAAUUCUCACGUCGGUCGCGAACCCGCUGCGUUCUCGCCCGCUCGGAGUCUGGAUCAUAGCGCCGAGUCUCUUGGACCAGCCAACCGCGGACCGCUGAUGGAAAUCUCGAGUGACACAGCCGACAGCUCUCCCUCCAGAAACCUACCCGAAAUCCCCGAGGAUGGCAGCCGGCGCUCGUCGCUCGCCGAGCCCGCAGCGGAGGACACCGCGGAGGAGAUCGAGGAGCGGCAGCGCCUGCUGGUCGGCUGGCGCCGCGUGCCGCACAACCGGUCCCUCGACGACCUCCACUCGUCCGUCUACGUCCCUCCGCCGGAAUCGGCCUGGUACUACAAGCUGUUCGCGUUCACGGGGCUAGGGUUUGUGGUGAGCGUGGGGUACAUGGACCCGGGGAACUGGGCGACGGACAUCGCGGGAGGGUCGUCGUUCGGCUACACGCUGCUGUUCGUCGUGCUCAUGUCGUCCGUCUGCGCCAUGUUCCUCCAGAGCCUCUCCCUAAAGCUCGGCGUCGUCGGCGAGCGCGACCUCGCGCAGGCGUGCCGCGACGCGUACCCGCGGUACGCGAAUCUCACGCUCUGGAUCCUCGCGGAGAUCGCCAUCGCGGCGACGGACCUCGCGGAGGUGAUCGGGUCCGCGACCGCCAUGUACCUGCUCUUCGGCUUGCCGCUGUGGAUAGGCAUCCUUAUAACGGGCGCGGAUUGCCUCCUUAUAGUCUUCCUCGGCGGGCGCAACGCGCGCGUCUUGGAGCUGCUGAUCUUCCUCCUGUGCGCGGUGAUCGCGGCGUGCAUGACGUACGAGCUGAUCGCCGUGCGGCCCGACUGGGGCCUGGUGAUGAAGGGGUUCGUGCCGUCGGGGCAGAUUUUCACCAACCCCGACGUGCUGUACGCCGCCGUGGGCAUCCUGGGAGCCACCGUCAUGCCGCACAACCUCUACCUGCACUCCAGCAUCAUCCAGACGCGCAACUACAGCCGCACGGCGGAGGGGAAACGCAUGGCCGUCCGCUACGGGACCUGGGACUCGUGCCUGUCGCUCUUCGUCGCGUUCUUCGUCAAUGCGGCGAUUCUGAUUCUCGCAGCCGCCGCGUUUUACUACAACGCGUCGGGCCAGCAGACGGUGGCUGACAUCAGCGACGCGUACCAUCUCCUCGCUCCGGCCAUCGGCGACACGGCCGCUCGCAUCCUCUUUGGCGUGGCGCUGCUGGCGAGCGGGCAGAAUUCGACCAUCACGGGAACCCUCGCGGGGCAGAUAGUGAUGGAAGGGUUCGUGGACGUGAAGCUGCCGCCGUGGCUGCGCCGCAUGGUCACCCGCUGCAUCGCCAUCAUCCCCGCCGUCAUCGUUGCCGCGCUCAGCGGCAUGGAAGGCGCCGGGAAGCUUCUGGUGCUGAGCCAGGUGAUUCUGUCGCUGCAGCUGCCGUUUGCCAUUGCGCCUCUGGUGCACUUCACGUCGUCCCCCGCUCGCAUGGGGAAGUUUGUGAACGGGUGGGUGAGCACCAUCCUGGCGAUUCUCCUGACGCUGGCCAUUAUUGGGCUCAAUGGGUUCCUCGUGGUGCAGUGGGCCAUUGGUGGUUAGGGAGUGGGCCAUUGGUGGCUAGGGUGGGUGGGAUGUUUGGGGUUGGUUGGUGGAUGGGCUAUGUUGUGCGGCCAUGGUUCCACAAUUUUGCAGAUACCGGUAGGUGUUUGGACCAUCUGGGUCUCGUGGACACGGUAGACGCUUUUUGGCUCCUGCUGACAGAUAGGGAGUUGAUUCCGCCAGAAAUAAGGGCUGUGGAAGGGAUUUGACCAGCGCUGGCGCAUUGCUGUGUGGGCGUUUUUGAAGUGCGAGAGAUGAACGGAGGUACUAUUUCUGCUGGAUUCUGUUUGGGCGAGCACUAGAUGCUGCUUUCUGUCAGAAACCCAGUCACUAACCACUGGGUUAAAAGGGCUUGUUGAAUAGCGGGUAAGUGCGCCCAUAGCCCCCCAGGCUCUGCACCUGUGGCCCUUCCCCAAGGAUCUCAAGGGCAACCCCAGCGGGUCACUCAACACUUUCCCGACAUUUAUGCAGUUUCAUCUGCAUCCAUCUGAAGUUCCAUCACCAGUGAAGAAACUUGAAUCCCGGUUUGAGAAUUUAUGUGAGGCUGGUUGGUUGUAUAGCGUCUGUAGUAAACCUCUUCUACUUCG